GCCCUUCCUCCCCAGCUCUCCUCCUUCCCUCCCCCUUCUCUUUCCCUCCUCCUUUCUCCCCUCCUCCCUUCUCCCCCUCUUCCCUUUUCUCUCCCCCUCCCAUCUCCUCCCCCCCCAUCCCUUUUCUCCCACUUACCAUCGCCCAUUCUAGGUCCUCUUAUCACCUCUCCCCCAAUAAUUCCCUUCCCCGUCUAGGUCUUCCAUGCCCCUUACGCCUCAUCCCUAACCCCCUGCCCCUCCCCUUGGAGUGCCUAACCCCCUUUCCCUUCCUCCUCAGUUCCUAACCCCUGCUCCCCUUCUCCCUCCCCAUCCCUCUGGCUUGCCCCUCCCCUCCCCUUCGUGUCCCUAACCCCCUGCCCCUUCCCUUUAACUCUCUAACCCCCCUGCCGCUCCCCUCCCCUCCUCGGACUUCUUUCCCUCCCCCUCCCUCUCGCUUCUUCCCCUCCCUCUCCGCCCUGACUCUCCCUCUCCCGUCUCGGGGAAGUUUCAGAGCCAUCAGUCUGUCCGUCUGUAUGUCCGUCGGUGGGUCCGCAGCAGAGCUGCAGGCAGCGGGCGCCAUUGUGCGCGGAGCGGAGGGGAGCGGGGAACCCCGGACGCCUGGGUCCGGGGAACGACUGCUCGCGGCUGUCCCGCCAGGAUACCCUGCAGGUCAGCCAGAGAUGGCCCCACAGACUGAACCAGGGGACAGGCCUCAUGAUGCCCAGGACCAGACAUCCCCUUCAGGGGGAGAAGGGCCCCCAGGUGCAUACUCAGGGUCCCUGAUUCCCAAACCUGAAGAUGUUUUCCAAAGUGAACAAGGGGAAGAACAGAGCACUGCAGAACAAGGAGGUGGACCCCAAAAAAUAGAGCCUGAGGGCUCCUGCCCAGAAGACUGGAUGAUCCGAAAGGUGAAGGUGGAGGAUGAGGACCAGGGAGAGGAAGAGGAGGUUGCAUGGCCCCAACACCUCCCCCAAUUACUUCCCAGCGGCCCCUUCCUGCCCGCCGACCUGGGACCUCUGGCGGCUGUGGCCACAGCCUGUAAGCUUGAGCCUGGAGCCCCGGCGCCUCUGAGUGGGCUGGCUCUGGCAUCCUGGCCCCAGGUCCUGGAGAAACCCUACGGCUGCGGCGAGUGCGAACGACGCUUCCGGGACCAGCUGACCCUUCGGCUGCACCAGAGGCUGCACCGGGGCGAGGGCCCGUGUGCUUGCCCAGACUGCGGCCGCAGCUUCUCCCAGCGCACUCACCUGCUGGCCCACCUGCGCAGCCACCGGGGCGAGCGACCCUUUCCGUGCCCGGAAUGCGGUAAGCGCUUUAGCAAGAAGGCUCACCUGACCCGCCACCUCCGCACGCACACUGGGGAGAGGCCCUACCCCUGCGAGGAAUGCGGAAAGCGCUUCAGCCAGAAGAUCCACCUGGGCUCCCACCAGAAAACGCACACUGGAGAGAGGCCCUUCCCCUGCGCCGAGUGUGAAAAGCGCUUUCGCAAGAAGACGCACCUGAUCCGCCACCAGCGCAUCCACACUGGUGAGCGACCCUACCAAUGCACGGAAUGCGGCCGCAGCUUCACGCACAAGCAGCACCUGGUGCGCCACCGGAGGGUGCACGCAGCAGGCCCUGCCCCACCUCCACCUCCGCAGCCGCAGGGCACUGACCCCUUGUGCCCGGACGCGGCCACAGACCCUCCAGGGCCCAAGGCCUUCCCCUGCGCAGACUGCGGAAAGGACUUCGGCUGGAAGAAGAACUUGGCCUCGAACCAGCGGGUACACCGCGGAAGCCGCCCCUUCGGGUUCUCAGAGCGUGCACGCGGCCAGGUGGAGCGGCGCCCCCCCGGGGCAGCAGCCGCCGCCCACCCAGCCAUCAAGGCCUUUGCCUGCACUCACUGCGGGAAAAGCUUCAGCCAGCGCCCAGGGCUGGUGGCACACCAGCGGACCCACGCUGGCGAGCGGCCCUUCCGCUGUCCAGACUGCGGGCGCGGCUUCUCCCACGGGCAGCACCUGACAAGGCACCGGCGCGUGCACACGGGCGAACGUCCCUUUGCCUGUACCCAGUGCGGUCGUCGCUUCGGCUCGCGCCCCAACCUCGCUGCCCACACCAAGGUGCACAGCGGCGCCAGGCCCUUUGCUUGCGCCCAGUGUGGUCGGGGCUUUAGCCGCAAGUCACACCUGGGCCGCCAUCAAGCAGUACACACCGGGAGCCGCCCCCAUGCCUGUACCGUAUGCUCUCGCUGCUUCAGUUCUAAGACCAAUCUGAUACGCCAUCAGGCAGUCCACACCGGCUCCCGCCCCUUCCCCUGCUCGCAGUGCGGCAAGAGCUUCAGCCGCAAGACCCAUCUGGCUCGGCACCAGCGCACCCACGGCGAAAUCUCUCAUCUCGACCCCAGCCUGCCAAGCCCAACCUGGCCUGUCCCCACAGUGCCUGCCCCAACACCACUUUUCCUCUAAAUGGAACAGAGCCCUGUUCCUCAUCACCCAGGUCUCUGUCCAGCCCCUCAGCACCUUCUCUCACCUAGCCUCUGGUCAGGUCUCUUGUGGUUUUUCUCUCCAUUCUGACUGCUCUCCUUUCCUACUGCUCAGAGGCUCCCGUGCUGUCCUCCCUCCUUUGGCCUCCUUGUCCACCUUCAGUUUUUGUACAUAUCACCUCUGUUCGGUCUCAGCCUCCUGCAGCUAUUCUUCACCCCCACCACUCUCCUUCCUUCUCUCCCGAUCUGCUGGAUGCUUGAGAGCUCGGAGAAUACCCCAUCUGAGUGAGGAUGACCAAGAGAGAAUUGCUAGCAGACUCAGAUCUGCAUCUGUAAAAUGAGGGGGUUAGACUGAAUGAACUCUAAGGUUCUUUUCUGUCUGGAACAUUCUACAUCGACGUGGAGCCUAGGGUGUUGAGGGAUUGAAGUGAGUUAACUGACCAAAGGAGCCUAGAAGGCCGGGCUGAACCAUAUGGGGAGACUACAUAACUCCGAGGGAAUGAAGAACAUAAUACACUCCCUAGUGGUUGCUCUUCCAUGCCUUCUUCACUACCCUUCAAAGCUGUAGGAUUCUCCCCUCCCCCCCAAAAAGGGGACAAGAGUCUGUUCCAAAAAAGAGGGGAGGAUAGUCACCUAUAUGUAUUUGAUGUGUCAUUAAAAAUAAAAUCUGAACUCUUGGGGGCUGUAAAAUUGGUUGGUGCUGGGGUUUUCUCGCCUUGGCCAAUCAAGGGGUGAGGGAAGUUGGGUCACCUGUUUGAUAGGUGGCUCCCUGGGCUUCUCCUGACCUCCUCUGUGAGCCUUCAGGUUCUCAAAUAAUAGUAUUUUUCUUGCAAAACACUAAGAGUCAAACAGAGUAACAGACCCUUCACUCACCACAACACUUACUCCAUUCCCCCACAUCCCAGUAGAAAGUAAGAACAAUCCAGCCACUUAGCAAAAUCACAUAUUUUGAAAUUUGCUCAUUUACUAAGCCUAGAUAGUGACCCCUGCCUCUAGCUGAGGAGCUGGCCAGCUUUCCUUCCCACUCCUCUUAUAGCAGAUGAUAAAGGUUCAAAGAUGGGAAAUGCAAAGGGAUAGUCUCUGUGGAUAGAGGAGGCCCUUUCAUCUUUGACUGUAGCGGCAUCAACCAGUUAUCUGAGCUCUGUACCUUGGGUCUCUAUGGCCUAUCCUGGAAUUCUUCCCCCUGCCACCUCUGACCUAUUUUUGCCACCCAUGACUCUAGCUCAGUGCAGAGCACAAAGGAGGAAGGAGGAAGAAGGCUCCCAUACCUGUUGUUUCCUAGAUGGGCAGUGCUCACUUCCAGAGCCUCUGUUUCUCAGUCAGAGAAGGGGAUUUGGAACUGAUGGGCUAACAAGAGUGGAGCAGAGAAGACAGUGAGCUAACUUUUAGGGGUAUGAAGACAAAAUAAUAUGACUGAUAUUUGAACAAGCACAAGAAUUUAGAUACUUCUGAAUGCUAUCACCUUACAGUAGACCCCACGAGAGCUAGACAGUAAUUCCAAGGAAAGGAUCAUUGAUCCAAAUGUCUUUGAAACUCUUGGAGUUACUUCAGAGUCAGAGGGGUGUGUGUGUGUGUGUGUGUGUGUGUGUGUGUGUAAGAGAGAGAGAAAGAUCUAGAAUGAAGUGACUUCUGAGGUCAUCUAGUCUAACCCCCUCAUUUUGUAGAUGAAGUUGAGUAACUUGCCCAGAGUCAGACAGGUCAGAGGCAGGAUUUGAUCUUGGGUCCUCUAGCUCCCAGUGUCUUGCCACUGUAUAACCAUGCCUCCUGAAUCACCUGUGUUUGUAAAUCUUCAGCCUCUGGGAAUCCUUGUUAUGUGUUUCUAUUUUUAAGCGGCCAAAACAAUCUUUUGGAGCCACACCUGAUGAAUAAAAUAAAUGAUCUAACUAGGUAAGGAUUU